AUGAUCAAAGCUACGGAACUCGUUCAUUAUGAUGAUAAGAAGCCUAUAGUGUUAGCAGUAGAUGCAUCUAAGUAUGGAAUCGGCGCAGUAAUUUCACAUCGUUAUGCUGAUGGUUCAGAGAAGCCAAUCGCGUAUGCUUCAAAAAAAUUAAACAGCAGCCAAGAACGCUAUUCUCAAAUCGAAAAAGAGGCAUUAGCAAUAAUUUAUGGAGUGACCAAGUUUCAUCAAUAUCUUUAUGGAAGACGUUUUGAAUUAAUAACUGAUCAUCAAGCGUUGACAACACUGUUUAAUCCGAAUAGAAAGUUGCCAGUGAUGGCGUUGCAUCGUUUACAGCGUUGGGCUAUUGUACUUCAAGCAUAUGAAUACAUUAUACGGUUCAAAAGUUCAUCUCAGAAUGCUAACGCUGAUGCUCUUUCCAGAUUGCCGUGUGGGGAUGACAUACAAUUUGAUAGAAAGGAAGUUGUGAUGUUAGAUGAUGUCGAUACUGUUUAUCAAAAUGCUGUGGAUUAUCUUCCAGUAAAUGCAACAUUAGUAAAGGAUAUGACUGCUAAUGACAACACUCUUCAACGUGUCAGCAGAUAUGUACAAGAUGGCUGGCCUGAACAAUUGCCGAAAUCUGAAGGUAGUAUCAAACCGUACUUUAAUCGCAGAUUUUGCUUAUCAUUUCAGAAUGGAGUGUUACUUCUUCAGGCUGAAUAUACUAGAGUGGUGCUACCGAAAGCACUGCAAUCUCAAGUAUUAAAUUUGUUACACGAGGGUCAUUGGGGUAAAGGUCGUAUGAAACAGAUGGCAAGACGAUAUGUGUGGUUUCCUCUUAUUGAUAAAGCCAUAGAACGUAUUCAUGAUGAUUGUUCAUCUUGUCAACAAGGUGCAAGUCAACCAAAGCGAGAAUUUUCUGCAUGGCCAGAACCUAGUAGGCCGUGGGAAAGAGUUCAUUUGGAUUUCGCGGGUCCAUUCUUUAAACGUAUGUGGCUCAUAGUUGUGGAUGCAUAUUCAAAAUUUCCAUAUAUUGUGGAACUAUCAACAAUAACAGCUGUAACAACAGUUGGAGCUCUACAAAAAAUUUUUUCUAUCGAAGGUCUUCCGUACACUAUCGUGACAGACAACGGAACACAAUUCACGUCCAAUGAAUUUCAAAAGUUUUGUGAAAUGAACACAAUUCAGCACCUCACGUCUGCUCCUUUUCAUCCGGCUUCGAAUGGGUUAGCGGAAAGACAUGUGAGAACUUUUAAGGAAGCAGUAACAAAAAUUAUGAAAGAGGAACAACAUAUUGACAAAGCGUUGUAUAAAUAUCUUACAACGUAUGGAACUACUCCAAACUUAGCAACUGAUAAAUCGCCAGCAGAGUUGUUACAUGGGCGGCAACCAAGAACCAUUUUAUCGGCGUUGUUCCCGAAAGUUAUGGAGACUAUGAAAACUCAAAAUAGAAAUAAAUUCGGAGUUGGAGAGAAAGUGUUAGCUCGUAAUUAUUCGGGAUCGCAUAAAUGGAUCAGAGGCGUGAUACAGAAAUUGCUGGGAAAUAAAAUGUAUUUUAUUCAAACUGAAAAUGGUUACAUAAAACGACAUCAAAAUCAAAUACGUCGAAAUUUAUCGUCAUCGCAUUCAAAUCAGCUUAGGGCAGAUAAUAUUGAUAUUGAUUUAGAUUUCGGUAUUCGGACACCACCGGUUGAGGAAACAACAAUUACUACGGGAUCCGACCCGGAACAUAGUCAAACAGAGAAAGACGACAAAAUGGGGACCGAUGAAACAAUAAUCACUACUGGAUCUGACUUGAAACAAAAUCAAAGAGAGAAAGACGACAAAGCGGAGUCCGACGACAGAUAUGGGUCCACACACACUGAUCAGUUGCCAGUUCAAUUAAGACGGUCGGUUAGAAGGAGAAGACAACCUGUUCGUUUUAAUCUAGAAUAA